GUAGUUACAUGAAAAUCAAUAUCAAGUAGAUAUGUUUAUCAUAAAAUCAGGCUAGCAUGUUUUGAGUUUGAUCAUUUGGGAGUGGGCUGUUUUAAUUGCGAACUAUUCAGCCUAGCCUACUCGUUUUUUUUGUUUAACUUCAUAUUGAUGUUUAAUUCAGCAACUCUGAUGUUGCAACUUUUCAGUCACCUGCUGCCAGACCGAAUUGCAAUAUGGUGUCAACAACAGUAUAGCUAGGAUACUGUGUAAUUAGCCAGUUCCAUUGGAACAAUUUCAGGUAUAACGUAUAGCACGUCUUUAGUCAAUAAAAUUACCAAUCUUACUCGAUAACCGUGUAUUUUAUCAUAGCUGGGCAGCUAUAGGUUAACUCUUGAAUUCGUUUUUGCAUUCCUGUAAGGUCACUUUUAUAAUAUUCACACAGCAAGUUAGUAGACACUGUCAAGAAAGUGACAGGUGCGCCAUGAAAGCCCCGGACGUAUCAAAUGUCAUCUGUAGCCACAACUUGUUCAUAAAAAUAGUCUGAGUACUAUGAUCAGUUUAGAGGUCUUCUCAGGUCCAAAAAGUUGGACCUGAAAUGACCGAGGACAAUCAGCCUCGGACCUGACGACUACCAGACCUAGACCCGACCCGAGUGACAAAACAAAUCACGUUGAUCAGCCAAGUUACUCUUCUGGUUAACAAAUAGAUAUUUAUAUGUUGGCUAAGCCUUCUAUAAGUCAAUAAAUGAACAUUUUAUUAGCGUAAAAUAAAUAUGCUAUAAGCUAUGCAGAGCCGUGGUCGGGUUCACUCAGGUCUAUCAGCUGUCAUUAUAUCGACUUGAGACCCGACCCAGACCAGAGGGAAAGUUGGAAUUUUGGACCCUGGGGUUCCCAGGUCGGGUCUCAGGAGACAUGAAUACCUCUCGAUCAGUUAGCCAGCUCCCUGUUAGUGUGAACGGGCUACAGUUGCCAACCUACAGUUUGGUGGAUUUAUUAUUUUCCUUCACUUUUCUCGCCUUGGCACAACAACUCGGAAGCAGUUUACACAUACCAAAGAGGUGAAUACAACAGACAUGUCCUUUAUAUUUAACUGGAUCUACAGAGGCCUCAGUGGUGUGCUGCAGUUACUAGGUUUAUAUAAGAAGUCUGGGAAGCUGGUGUUCCUUGGUUUGGACAAUGCUGGGAAAACAACGCUACUGCACAUGCUCAGAGAUGACCGACUGGGACAGCAUGUGCCAACACUACACCCCACAUCAGAAGAGCUGACCAUUGCUGGGAUGACAUUCACAACAUUUGAUCUUGGUGGUCACACACAAGCCAGGAGAAUCUGGAAGAACUACCUCCCAGCUAUAAAUGGUAUAGUCUACAUGGUGGAUUCGGCAGACCAUGAGAGACUACAAGAAGCCAAAAUUGAACUGGAUGCGCUGUUAACAGACGACACCAUCUCCAACGUGCCUGUACUUAUCCUGGGGAAUAAGAUCGACCGUCCAGAGGCCAUCAGUGAAGACGCACUCAGAGGGAUGUUCGGGCUCAUUGGACACACUACUGGAAAGGGUAAUGUGUCACUGAAGGAGCUGAACCUGAGGCCCAUGGAGAUCUUCAUGUGCAGUGUUCUGAAGAGACAGGGAUAUGGAGAUGGUUUCCGCUGGCUCUCACAGUACAUUGACUGAUCUAUAUAUCACUCCCAUCUUAUUUCUCUUUUUCCUGAUUCACACGAUAGAGCUAACCUGAACCUUACUGGGUGGGCUACAUCAUUUCUGUUCUAAUUGUCCUUUCCAGCAUGGUUCCAGUAACUAUGAUUGAUGUGUAAUGCAGGCCAGCAAGGCUCAGUAGUGUGAAAAGGAAGAGUAUUUGUUUAUCAACUGUUUUGUAUGCACAAGAGUACAGGCCUCACACAUCUACCUGCUGGAAAAGCUAUCAACUGCUAGCAUUCUAUAUUUAUUGUAAUUUUUGCAUUUGAGUGUGCCCUCAGUAAGUAAAUAUUUCUAAGAAAAAUUUACUUCCAUUGAUAAACUUUCAGUAUUUUUUGUUGUAGCCCCGGAUAAGCACACCUCAUUCAACUCAUGGAGGGCUUGAUGAUAAACUGACAAGUUGAAUCAAUUCUUGUUUGUUUGUUUUGGGGCUACAAUAAAAAAAGAUGUGCUGUUGGGGAAACACUGCGCUAUUGAAAUAUGCAGGCCUAGUGAUUGUUUGAUAACCCUCUAACAGUUGAACCCAUUGAUAAUUGGUAGUCUGAGCCCUAUGUAGUGAAUUCAAACUUCCUUGUCUAAGUCAAGUAUCAACCUGCAAACCCAAGAUUUCGUAGUUUACACAUUUCAUAGUUCACGCAUUUCGUAGUUUACACAUUUCAUAGUUUACGCAUUUCGUAGUUUACACAUUUCGUAGUUUUCAAUGAUAUAUUAUCGGUUACUUACUGGUGGUGAACAUUUUGAAGGAUACCUCAAGUCUGUCAAACCAUAUUAUUCUUAUUAAUACGAUUAAGUUAGUUAGGGAAUCCCCUCUAUGUUCGGCAACGUUACCUCUACACUUAUAGGGUAGGACAUGCCAUCGCUUUGAACCAGUUCGUAACCCUGGUUUAUUUUUAAAUCGGUGGCAUUUGAUUACAGAGGAGUGCUUAUUGGUGUAACAGUUCCGCGUUGCCUUCCACGUAAUAUAGGCCUGGGUUGAAAUACUAUUUGAAAUAUUUCAAACACUUUGUACUUCUGAGACUUUUCUGUUGGUUCCAUUGCAACAGGCAAGCUCAAUGAAGCACAGCUGGAGUAUUUUACCAAUGAGGACAAAGUUGUCAAAUGAAUGUUUUUGAUCGAUCAAUUCAAGUUGAAUCACUACCAACUGAUGCCAGGAAUGUGACUACAAGUGCAUUAUCACUUUUUAUUUAUUAAUGCUUGUUUGUAAUACAAAGGUGCAGUAUUUUGUAAUACCAGGGUUUUAUUACAACCACGUUGUCAGUCACAAAUGAUGUAUGUCAUUUCAACUACCAGUACCUACCUACUGUGUCGAUGGUUUUUGUUACUGUAAAAUAAGUACUUGGUGACUAUUGGCUGCUCAUAGCUAUAAUAUGAGGGUACUUGUGUGGUACUGAAGAAUAUAGGCUUUGUAGGAAAGAUACAAUAUAUGUGAGUGCAAUAGAGGGUACUUUUUAUCCUUUUUGUAAAUAAUGUGAAAUUAUUCUGCAUGCCCCCUUAUCAAAAUAAAUAUUUUGGACAAUC